CGACAUCAAGAACAAAGCAACAGAUUUUGAGAGAUCUUGCCAGCAAAUAAAGAGCUUGCCAUUUCAUCCAGUUCUACAUCAAAGUCCUUAGAUUUCAUUAGAAAAAAGAAAAAAUGGCGAUGAUCCCAAGUUUCUUUGGCAACCGAAGGAGCAGCAUCUUCGAUCCGUUCUCUCUUGACUUAUUGGAUCCUUUUAACGACCUUCCUUUCUCUUCUUCACUUAGCACACGUAUACCCGAAACUCGUGCUUUUAUUAACACCAGAAUCGACUGGAAGGAAACCCCGGAAGCUCACGUCUUUAAGGCUGACCUUCCCGGUCUCAAGAAAGAAGAAGUGAAAGUGGAGAUUGAAGACGACAGGGUGCUUCAAAUCAGUGGAGAGAGGAACGUUGAGAAGGAAGACAAGAACAACACUUGGCAUCGGGUUGAACGUAGCAGUGGGAAGUUCAUGAGGAGGUUCAGGUUGCCUGAGAAUGUGAAGAUGGAUCAGAUAAAAGCUUCCAUGGAAAAUGGGGUUCUUACUGUUACUGUUCCCAAGGAGGAAGUGAAGAAGCCUGAUGUCAAAGCCAUUGAGAUUUCUGGUUGAAAACUUGAAAGGCUUGAAACGUUUUUAUAUGCAUCAUCUUUGGAUGCAAUUAUAUAUUAUUACUACUAUAUCAUAUACACAUCGUUGUAAAAUCAAUAUUGUAAUAUACUAAUGUCAAGUUUCUUUAUUUUAAUGUAAUUCUCUAUAUUUUGCA